AUGGGCAACAAUGCUGCCACCGCUAACAAAAAGGUGGACGCCGCCGAAAGCGUCAAAGAAUUCCUCGAUCAGGCCAAAGAGGAUUUCGAGGAGAAAUGGAAGAAGAAUCCUACCAACACCGCCGGAUUGAACGACUUUGAAAGAAUAAAAACGCUCGGAACAGGCUCAUUCGGGCGAGUUAUGAUAGUUCAGCAUAAACCUACGAAAGAGUAUUAUGCUAUGAAAAUAUUAGAUAAGCAGAAGGUCGUAAAACUAAAACAGGACAACUCCAACUUGUAUAUGGUUUUAGAAUACGUGCCUGGUGGUGAAAUGUUCUCCCACCUGCGUAAGGUAGGUCGCUUUUCGGAGCCACAUUCUCGAUUCUAUGCGGCUCAGAUAGUCCUAGCGUUCGAGUAUCUACACUAUUUGGACCUCAUCUACCGUGAUCUGAAGCCUGAAAACUUGUUAAUUGAUUCGCAAGGCUAUUUAAAAGUAACUGAUUUCGGCUUUGCGAAGCGCGUGAAAGGUCGUACGUGGACUCUAUGUGGAACACCUGAGUAUCUGGCUCCAGAAAUCAUUCUGUCCAAAGGUUAUAACAAAGCUGUUGACUGGUGGGCACUUGGGGUACUUGUAUAUGAGAUGGCAGCUGGAUAUCCGCCCUUCUUUGCAGACCAGCCGAUUCAAAUCUACGAAAAAAUUGUGUCUGGCAAAGUUCGCUUUCCAUCACACUUUGGCUCUGAUUUGAAAGACUUGUUGCGCAACCUUCUCCAAGUAGAUUUGACGAAACGCUAUGGAAAUCUAAAAGCGGGCGUAAAUGACAUUAAAGGUCACAAAUGGUUUGCUAGCACUGAUUGGAUAGCUGUCUUCCAAAAGAAGAUUGAGGCACCUUUCAUCCCACGCUGCAAGGGUCCUGGGGACACCAGCAACUUUGAUGAUUAUGAAGAAGAGGCUCUUCGCAUUUCGUCAACUGAGAAGUGCGCGAAGGAAUUUGCUGAAUUCUGA